AUGCUGCUCGCUGUUCUCUUCACCAAUUCCGACGGGAAUAUCCUCAUCGAACGGUGAUCUCUCAAACCUUUCACCUCAUUUUCACGCUGUUCUCUUUGAUGUCCAAAUGUUUGUUUGUGCGAAUGGUGAACGGAGAUUUGCGAAGGAUGAUCGUGGAACCGACUGAGGCUGUGCUAGGUUUUGGUCGAAUUUCGGGUUGUUCUGUUGCAGGAGGAUCGGCAUCCCCUUGUGGGAGCUAAAACCGCGGGAAUUCCCGCACUAGUGGGGCUACUUUUUCCUGAACUAUAAAUUUUGGUGACAUCCUUAUCAUCCAGAAAGUUCUGGAUAUUUUUGCAGAAAUGAGGAGGAUUCCUUCUGCGUGACCGGGAAAGGUUUUUUCGAGAAAUUAGUCUGAGGACCUUUGGUUGUGUAGUAUAUGCUUUGAUGGACUGCAGUUGGCUUGCCCAGCGGCUUGUAGAGUGCUUUCUGGAAGAAUUUUGUUAUAUCAUAAACUUCUAAUAAUGGGCAGCUUUUCUCAAGGAAUAGAAUGUGACAGCUUGUCUUGACUCAAGGAAAUCCUCGUGUUGUCUCUCUUGAGGGAUUUUCGCACUGAUAAAGGAGAAAUUUCAUAUAAAAAUUCCUUUGUUUAGUUUUCUAAUAUGGACUUGGUCAGGUCGAAAUUGUGAUGAUUUUUUUCGCAUUCCUUCAGAAGUAAUAUUAGACAACGUUUUAUUUAUUUCAUACAUACAAGAUACAGGGGAGAUGGGGAUAUUUGAAAUACGCUGGGUUUGAAUACAUGACAAUACUAUUGGUGAUGCAUUUGACGUCCAUCAGCUCCGAAUCGUCGCUGCUUUGAAUUCAUAUUUUCUCUUUCUUUUCUCCCUAUCUGAGAACUCAUUUUUACCCCUAUUCUGGUAAAUUUUUCUGGAACUUGGAAGCCUCAGUGGACAAAAUGUGAAUCGUAUUGUAGCCUUUUUCUCUUUGAGGUAUGGUCAAAGACGAAAUACAGUAAACUCCAACAUUUUAUCCGACUGAUGGCAAAGCAAACUGAAGUGUUCUUAAUCUGAAGUUGUUGCUCCUACUUAAUGCACACAUAUUGUAUGAUAGCACCUGGAAAUGGAAAUCUCUCACACAGAAAAUGUCAUUGAUCUUAAAUUUUCUCUCUCGAACUACUUGGAGGUUGAUGUUUGAGGUAUAACUUCGUGCUGUCAUUUACGUCGCGCUGUAGUAUUUCACAAUAGUUGCAUCUGAAAACUCAGCUUCUAGAGAUGGGAUUGCCUUUACUUAUUUUGCUUAGUUUUAGCAGUGUACACUUUUCUUGCUGAGUCUGAGGUGAUCACAGAUGCUGCUGGCUUAGCAUUUCUUUCACUUUAAUGAUUUUUUACCAUUUAGUAUUUCUAAUGCGGGAAAUAGUCUGAUGUAUGUAAGUUGUGUAAUGGACUUAUGAGAAACCAUGCUCUUGUUGGUAUGGUCUUCCAGGUUUCAUGGGGUUCCACCAGAGGAGCGACUGCAUUGGCGAUCUUUCCUUGUAAAGCUGGGAUCAGAUAAUCUUAAAGGAGCAAAGAAUGAGGAGCUUUUUGUUGCCUCUCACAAGUAUGCUAUUCGUCAACUUAAACUUCUGUUAAAACAUAUAUGCAUUUGGCAAGAACAGAUAUGAGCGUUUAUCAUUACCUGUUAUGGAUAAAUGUCCUCAGGUAUUCCCAUGAAAAUGAUGGAUAUUAUGAAUUAGAACUUUUUGAUAGAUUGCUACUUUUUUGCAUGUGAGCUUUGCUUCUUCUAUCUCAAUGCAACCACUACUCAGUGGUCAUGUAUUUCACCUAUGACUCAUGAGCAUUGUUCUUUAUGACUGUUUGCUAUAUUUUGCUUGUUUGUUUUCUUUCAUCAAAUAUGCAAGCUUUCAAGACGGAAAAUACAGAACCCAGACUUUUUAGUUUAAAUACAUGACCAUUAGGUUUUGGCUGCAUUGAGAUUGGUCAACAGCCAUUGAGUGACAGUGCCCCCGUUCUGCUGUGGCUAACACAUCAAGUGAAGGCAUGCCCUAUUUACAGCUAUAUAACAAGACAAGAAGUGUAGGGGCAGCUUGUUGGUGAUGGAUAUUCUGAAAGAAUAUGUGCUAACAUACAUCCAAUCAAUUGCACAUAGAUUGUUAAUAAAUUGAAUGUUGCAAAUUUGAUAUAAACAGAUAUUUUCUAUAUAUAUAUAUAUAUAUAUAUAUAUAUAUAUCAGAAUCAGAUGAUAGUUAUUUGGGGAAAGUUUUGAGCUGUCACCUUUGACAGAUUUUUAUGUACUUUUGCACUGUGGAUCUGAGUUUUGUGUUGAGUGUCCAUGUUGGACGUGCACUUGUAUUGAAUGGGCAUAACUGAGUUUUUGCCAGAAUGUGUAUAGCUUUAUCUGUCCAUUAAUAUUCUCUAUUUAGAGUCUAACAGAACUUGAUGAUGUGACUUCAUAUACUACGUUCGCCUAGUGGUGCCAUAUGAAGAAGGCUAGGGGAUGGUGAAUUGUGGCUUGUGUUAAGGACGAGAGAGUAUGCAGGCUUAUGGAUAGGUGGGAAACUAAUUUUUUAAAGUUGAAAGAACAUGAAGUUGGUUGUACAAUCAUUUCUAUCAGGUAUCUCAGCCUUCGGUGUCGAGGAUCAGUCAUAAUGAUGACAGAAUAGAUAUACAUCCUUGAACUAUUGAUACUGCUCAAAGAAGGGAAGGUGAUCCAUGAUAAUUCUGAUGCCUAUUCUAGUGAAAUGACAGAUGUAUCCUCAUAGCUCAGCAACUCAACAAGUCUCUGAUGUAAGCAGUCCAUUCAUCCUGCUCAAAUCAGAAUGGUUUAAUUUUGUGAACAAGGCUUCCUGUGUGAUUUAGGUUUUAGAGGCCAUUCUGUGCCAGUAGACAUGCCCAUACAUUCCUUUCUUCAAGUGUGGAUAAUGUUUCUUAUGAAAACAGUUCCUGAAAAUUCUGUAAAAGUGAUUUUACUCACUGAUGUUCGGUAAAUCUAAUCCUUUUAAGUUUCCAUUUGAAAUUCCACAAUGAUGAUUGGGAGAGUUUGUUGAUUAAGUUGGUGAGCAUUGUCUGUGCUGGUCAGUUUUUCUCUGUUUGUAUUUUAUUUCCUUAUUUCAAUUUAUUUUUCUAAUAGUGUGUUGAUCUUUUUGUGUUAUCAGGUCAGUGUAUAUUGUUUAUACGCUGCUUGGGGAUGUGUGUGUAUAUGUCAUCGGCAAGGAUGAGUAUGAUGAACUUGCAUGUGAGUUUCUUAGCCUCUUUUUGUUGAGGAAGAUGAUUGCCAAUAAUAUCAUCCCAGUUCAACUUACAGCUGAGGAUUUUAGAAGCAUGCCCAAAAAGUGGGGACACAGCUUACGUAGUUCUUUUUUAUGAAACCCGUAGAUAAUAGUUAUAUUUGCUAUCACUUCUUGCCGCGGAUCUGUUUAUAUUUGGCUUUGCAGGAGAUUUAAAAAUACUUAACUGAAACAUAGAGGGCUUUUCAAUAUAUGGAAAUCUGAGUGUUACAUGCGAAAGUUUUGCGUUUCUAUCUGUUUAUGAGUGACUGACACUUACCUAUUUUAUGUGUAAUCUUGUUUGUACCCAAGUGGCAGAAGUAAUUUUUGCAGUAACAUCCUCAGUGAAAGAUGUUUGUGGGAAGCCUCCGACUGAGCGUCUCUUCCUUGACAAGUAUGGGAGGAUAUGCUUAAGCCUGGAUGAAAUUGUUUGGACGGUAAUUAAGUCCCCUUUGGGUUUAUAUUAAGACACUACUGUUUUAUAAUUUUAGUCAUAGACAGGGCUUGGAGUUCUUUAUUCAACUAAUCUUUGUGGACGUUUUUCUCAACAUCAAUAUUAUUUUUAUGAUUGGAGAAAGUACAUGCAAGUGUUCUCCUUUGUUGUUUGAGACAUGAUUUGGGGGCUCAUGAAUGCUUCUUGUUUUUGCCUUGAUUAUGUAUUCCUUUGAUACAGCGUUAUGUUGUUCUCUAUGAUUUUGAUUUAAAACUUUAUCUAAAGUAUUAAAUUUGAAACUCUAGGAAUGAUAUGCUGUAGUGGUAUUACUGUAAAAAAGUUGCCAAAAACCUGACAAGAAACAUUGAAAGCUAGAAAAGCUAGAGAAUUAAAAUGAAUAGAUCUUGCUUGAUGCUUAGAAUAAAAAGCUAUGUAAAAUAAAUUGUCUGUAACAUCAAAUCCAUCGAGCAUUGUUUCCCUUUAUGUAAACUCCCUUGGCAACACAACUAACUUUCUCAGAUUUUCUGUUGUAACAUUGAAAAGGCUGAUCAGAAACAUUCUCCGAUUUCAUGUGUCUUUUCAUGUGUUCGUGUUUUAGCCUCUUCAUGCCACUAGUGAAGUUAAAGGAAUAAAAAUCUCAAACGUAGAGUAUGUAUGGCCCUGCUGAAAGAAAAAUGAAUAGUCAUCUACUGCAGUACCAGCAGCAAAGCUCAGUCCUGACCUGCUGUUUAUGCUUUCAGCUUCAGUUUUCUCAUCCAUGACCACGGAAUGCAUAGACCAGUCGAUUUCAUUUGGCCCAAGUUGUUGGUAGCCAACACCACCUGAUUUGGUCGGUUAAGGUAUCAAUAUGGCUCAUCAGAUGUCGAUAACUUAGACCCAGUUCUUGGUUGAUUCAGCCCAAUUCAGACAGGUUUAUCAUUUUGGCCAGAUUGGACCUAGUUCCUGGAGUAUCAAUGGUGUCGAUUCAGUUAGUCUCGUCUGAAUUUGGUUAACAUUAACCAUCAUAUUCUCUGCACCUAAUUCUUUACUGAUUUUACCCUAUUCAGCUGGGUUAAGUGUUUGAUCUCGUGAUGUGAUCAAUCUGAUCAGAUCCAGGUCUGGACGAACAUCUCGUCUGAAUUGGGAUUAGUAUUCAUCUGAUUCAAUUCUGGUUAUCAUCGUUCUUCAUUUCUUUCAUAUCCUGUGUUUAUUUUGUCUUACAAAGUAAAUACUUCCAGGGCAUGCUGGAGAACACGGACAAGGAUCGAGUCAGGAGGAUGAUCAGGUUAAAACCACCCAGUGACAUCUGA